UGACAAGCUUAAAAACAUUAAUCUCUGCACGGAAGCCAUUUUUUUUUGCUCAAUGCUCAGCUGGUUCGGACAGGGAGAAUCGAACCGAAAACGACUAAACCUGGAUAUCUACCCGUUGUAAAUCCGGGAUCGGAACCUCAGCGGGCUCGGUUCCGGUCUCGGUUCCAGUACCUACAGAAUGAAGGAUUGUGUCUUUGGUUCGGUCCACUGGGCUAAGCUAGCAGUAGCAGCUAACCCCGGUAGAUAAAGUAACCGAACACAAGUCAAUCAGAACCGGACUAAGGUAACCAGAACCCGGAUGGUGGCUUGGUGCUCGUGCCGGACGGCUCCAGGUGAAAGAGGAGGCUUUUUUUUUUCAGCCAGAACCGAACCCACUCCUGACGGAAUAAAUCUCAGCCAGUGCGCCUGGAUCUCUGUUUUGAUUCGGAUACCCUGAUCCGAACCGAACUCAGCUGCCCACAGCGAUGACCGAACUCUCCGAGUCAACGGUCCGGACGGUUCUGCAGGUCCAAACACGGCUGCUGUCUCUCCACGCAGAGCUUUGGGUCGGCGUGUUCCGGUGAACGGAUCGGAACCCCGAACCAGCUGCCUGGAUCAGAACGUGUGGUUCCCGUUCAUCGGGACCGGUGUAAAAGUUAGCGGGUUCUCAAAACCCCCAACUGGGGCCUUAAACGUUUGGACUCAGGAUGGGACCAGAAGCCAGACUGGUUCUGAGUGUUCUCCUCGUCUGCUGCUGCUGCUCAGGUGCCGCCCUGGGCCGCUCAGAGGCCCACAGAUGUGUUUAUUACACCGCCAGCGGCUCCUCGUCCGGCCCGUCGGAUCCAGAGAGUCCGGGGAGCGGCGCCACGGUGAAGACCUGCUCCGGGGCGGAGGACAAGCGGCUGCACUGCUUCUCCACCUGGACCAACGUCUCUGGGGAGGUUAGGGUGGUCCAGCAGGGCUGCUGGCUGAACGACCUCAGCUGCCACAACAGGAGUGAGUGUGUGGAGAUGGCUGAAGCUCCUGAAGUCUUCUUCUGUUGCUGCAACGCCAGUUUGUGCAACAUGAAGUUCUCCCACAGACCCAGGAUCAGCGAGCCGCCGCCAACGCCGACCAGCGUCCCCCCCCAGCUGCCGUUGAAGCCUCUGAUCUGGUCCACGGUUUCCAUCGUGACCAUCAGCGGAGCCGUCCUGCUCUCCUUCUGGAUGUACAGACGGCACAGGAGGCCCUACCCACCUGUGCUGCUGCCCACACAGAACGUCUUCCACAUUCUGAUGGAGGACCCUGGUCCCAUGCCCCCCUCCCCCGUCUUGGGUCACAGGCCUGUGCAGCUGCUGGAGGUCAAAGCCAGGGGGCGCUUUGGCUGUGUGUGGAAGGCUCAGCUGCUCAGUGAACAUGUUGCUGUGAAGAUCUUCCCCGUCCAGGAACGUCAGUCGUGGCAGACGGAGUAUGAGAUCUACAGCCUGAGUGGAAUGAAGCACGAAAACCUGCUGCAGUUCAUCGGAGCCGAGAAACGAGGCUGCAACGCUGAGCUGGAGCUGUGGCUCAUUACUGCGUACCAUCACAGGGGCUCCGUCUGUGACUACCUGAAAGCCAACAUCCUCUCCUGGUCUGAGCUUUGCCUCAUCGCUCAGACGAUGUCUCGGGGUCUGGCCUACCUGCAUACGGACGUACCUGGACACAAACCCUCCAUUGCUCACAGGGACAUUAAGACUAAGAACAUCCUCCUGAAGUCUGACCUGACGGCUUGCCUCGCUGACUUUGGCCUCGCUCUGAGAUUUGAGACUGGAAAACCUUUGGUGGCGGCGCAUAGACACGUGGGGACCCGGCGCUACAUGGCCCCUGAGGUCCUGGAAGGGGCCAUCAAUCUCCAGAGAGACGUUUUUCUGAGGAUAGACAUGUACGCCGUGGGCCUGGUGCUGUGGGAGCUCGCCUCGCGCUGCAAGGCUGCUGACGCUCCCGUGGACGAGUACACGCUGCCGUUUGAGGAGGAGGUGGGCCAGCAUCCGUCGCUGGAGGACAUGCAGGAGGUGGUGGUCAACAAGAAGCUGAGGCCGACCCUGAGGGAGUGCUGGCGGAAACACGCGGGUCUGGCUGUGCUCUGUGAGACCAUCGAGGAGCUCUGGGACCACGAGGCCGAGGCCCGCCUGUCUGCCGGCUGCGUGGAGGAGCGUGUGGCGCACAUGCAGCGGCAGACCAACGCCACUGCUCCCGAGGACCUCGUCACGGUCGUUACCAUGGUAACCAACACGGACUACCCCCCGAAGGAGUCCGGCCUCUGAUGAGGAGCAUGGCACUACAGAGUAAAAGACUUGUGGGUGAUGAUGGUGGUGGUGGAGGGCCUGACGGAUGUCAGAGGGAAACCGAGACCUGCUCCAGGUUUGAAGCAGUUCCUGGUCCGGUCAGAUACCCUGAGGGGUAUUAAAUGUUGGGCUAACGCUAACCGGUGGUGAAAUAAGUGGAAUAAAGGUGUCGUCCAGGUGAAUUAUUGCCCUGGAAGCAGAGCGUCUCGCUGCUGAAGACGUUUUCUGUGAACCCACCUGCAGACAAGUUUUCCUCAUCUACAGGAACCCGGAGGAACCCAAACUUCAGGAACCUUCAUAUUCCUGUCGGACGUCUGCUGCUCAGUUCAAGAACUGACUUUAAGGGUUUUUUCAGGACCAGCGUCUCAGGAUGUCUUCAGGUGUUUUACGAACUAAAUUAUUUAUUGAUGAUCUGUGAAAAUAAUCAGCGUCUGUUCUGCAGAACACAGCUGACUUUAUUUUAUAGUUUUAAUACAAUCCACCGAGUCUGUGACAAAACAAUCCAAACGUCUCCAGUGUUUGUAAAACAAUAAAAAUACAGUUUUUAAAAAGUCA